AUGGGCGAGCUCAGCUCGUCCCAGGCGAGUUCAGAGGAGAAGCUGAACCAUGAGGCCGAGGAGCUGGAGAAGCGACUGAGCAUGCUCUCCCACGGGAGCAGCACAGGUAGGAAAUACGGCUCUGCACCGCUCUCACUCACACUGGAAAUAAGAACAGGGCCUCCUCUACAUACUGCCCGUCUGUCGGGGGGGGACGACCGCAGCAUAUCCGGUUCUUCUGACGCCUCAGACAGCAGCCUCGGCAGCCGACUGGUCAUCUGGGCCGAACCCGCGUCCGUCCCGCCCGCAAACGUCGGCCCGGCUAAAACGCCGCUGCAGAUCGGCGAAAAGCUUCCAGCCAGCCAGGGAGUCGUAAGCAGACCCGCCUCCAAGACGCCCCGGCAGCUGCAGGAAAUCGGCCGUCAGAGUUCGUCCGACAGCGGCAUCGCCACCGGGAGCCACUCCUCGUACUCGGGCAGCUUCUCCUCGUACACCGGUAGCCUGGACAUCACCUCCGGGGAGGACUUCGGCUCCGUUUUCAGCUUGCCUCCACACUUGGCCCAAGAACUGAGCCCGUGCACGUGCACGGCCGAUCGUGGACGUGAGUAUCAGGUGCCAGCACCAGCACCGGCACCGGCGCACGCUCUUUAUGACACCCCCAGGAGUCUGCUGCAGGAAGCAAGUGGGGAUGCCAAAAACAAUGAGCCCUCCUCCUCAGCUAAAGACACUCUGGCCCCUUCAGACCUCCCGACUGAGACAGAAAGAGGGAGUAAAAUCAGCUCUGAGGGUCUCUCAGACGCCUCAGAGAGACAGUCAAUAAGUGAACACUCACAAGGCCUUCCAGACGAGGGCAGGAAAACCAAAACGGCGCCCUCUAGUGACGCUUGUCACACUUGCAGCUCUCUCACGUCUGCUUCCAAAACCACGGUGACCAUCUGCUCAGCGUGCGGUGGCUUUAAGGGGACACUUUAUACCCACUCAAGUUCGUUAGUGACACCAGUGAAGAAAACUCUGCAGAAGUCCUCUCCCGGCUCUGGAAGCAUCCGCUCCACGGAGCCACCGGGAGUGAAGACGGGCGAGGAGUCGGCGCCGUUCAAAAGAGGAGAGAAAUUAGCCGGCCUCUUAUCUGAUCUGCUCAGCUUUCCGAGCGCAGACAGGCGGCCAGAGGCAAAGGCACACAGGCUGAACCUGUACGAAUCAAUGAGCCCGGCUCUGGGACACGGGCCCAGCUCGGCACCUGCCGUACCUCCACAAGACCAUCGAGACAAAAGUCCUGUCAUUUAUGAAAACUGUACCAAGUGUCGGCGAGCGCACUGCCACCCUCCUCCGCGUGCCAUGCCUGCUAAAAGGUACGGCAGCGGCGGGGACAUUGCCACUUUUCAAGCCUUCUCAAAUGGGCCACACCUGACGGAGAGCCAAGAACGUGACUGUGCGGCCGAUGAGGAGCCGCUCCAUCAGUCUCUCAGAAACAUAGACGGCCGGAGCCAGCACGAGGAGAUGAAUGGUUGGACUGUAAACUGUGAAGACGAAAAGCGUCAUAGCAAAGGCGAAAGGUGCAGAGCUGAUCCUGCUUACGCGACCAUGGAGAGUUGUUUGACGGAGAGGAACGUGGAGAUUGCGGGGAACGGUGCUGGCUGUCUCUGCACGUUUAAGGCAGAAGAGAAGAGCAAGUAUGAGCUAAUGGGCAGCUAUGGCCAGAGGAGGUUUCUUCACGAGGCUGAAGGGCCGGUGUUUGCCUGCCCUCCAGAGGCUCCGCUUUCUGACAGAUCUCGCAACGAAGGCGCGACGUACGUCAAUAUUCCCGUCAGUCCCACGUCUAAGAAACAAGUGAACUACAUGGAGCUGGAGCUGCAGGAGCCGGGCCCCGGCGCCCGAGGGACCGGCGCACAUCUGCCAGCUCAGAGAAAGAGCUCCACCAGGUACGCCCACAUUGACAUCACGGCCACCGAGACGGCCCAUAAGGUCGGUACGCAGCACGCUCUGGGUCGACAGGAGGGCCUGCAGACCCUGGAGCUGAGGCGGAAGGGGACGCCACGUUGACGCAACCGCAAAGUUUUGCAAGAGCCCCGGCUUUAACGAACCCCCGUUCUGCUCCAUCUGUUGAAAAUAUAUUUCUUGCUUGGAUGUCACCAGCCCGUUUACACAUGAUGAAAUCCCCAGAAUACAUUUGUCUCUCGCUUGCAGCCUGAGAUUUGCUUUACAAACUCGCUGGAAGGUGCAACUCCAUCAGGAAGGUUUGGCACGGGCUCAGGAGCGACAUUUCAAAAAAAGUUUGCGAACUCAGGCAUACCAUUAUGUCAGCUGAAGGAUGAUGUGCCAGUCCUGAGCUGAGCCGCUGGCCCGAACAGACCCAGGCGGAGCGGCAUUACAGAGCCAGCUCAGGCCAUCCGUCAUUACAUGCAGCAUGCUGGUUUUGCAAAUGAGCCGGGGUAGCUGUGGGAAAGGAAGCGGAGAUUGUUUAUUAUCAUGAGGAGUAAACCCUUAUUUAUUCCUCACUGGUCAGUAAUUUCAUUUUUUAGCUGCAACAGAACUCUCUGAAUGUAUUCAAAUGUGGGUAAAUGUCAUCAGGACUCGCUGCUCGACCUUGUGAAUGACUUGACGUUGGUUCUGCAGCAGGAUGCUCCUGUGUGCAGACCUGGUUAAUCUGGUAAUGAAAGGAUUACAGCAAGUGAGCAGAAAGCUGAUGCUGCUUUAGUUUUCCUGUCUGAGAAAGUCUUCAUAAAUAAUGCAGAAUGUUCUCUUUGAAGACUUUCUAUGGAAAUAUGUUUAACGAUGGCACCAAAUGUUAUGUAUUUAAUCCUUUUAAAUUGUUCAUAUUUUGAAUUUGAGUUCACAUUAGCAUUUUACAACUGUUUGACAAAUGUGUUUUGCAUACCUGCACUCUCUCACUAGAUAUAUUGUUUUGUGUCAUUCUGCUG